GUGCGCCUGCGCUUGCACGUAGUGUUGUCGGAAAAAUGGCGGCACUACUGCUGGAGGAGUUGGAAGGUUCUGAACUAUCUAAAUUAUCAAAAACAUCUCAAAACAAACUGGAGAAGAUUUUUUCGGAUCAGCAGUAUGAAAUUGAUUCUUUGAAAGCACAACAGGAACAGUUUCGGGUUGACAGCGAGCAGCAUUUCUUUGAAAAAGUCAAACAGCUUGCUCAAUGUCAGGAAGAGUUUUUGUCCAAGAAUCAAGAACAUCUUAAACUCAAGGAGGAGUUUAAAAAACUUGGGGAGGAACUUAAAAGUAUGCAUGAGAAGAAUAGGGAAUAUGAAUCAACCCAAGAGAGAUGUUCAUCAGACCUGACUCUGCUCACCAGAGCCAAAGAAGAGCUGGAGACGGAAAAGCGAGAGCUUGUGCAAACACUGGAGAAGAGAUCCUUGGAAGUGGAGCAUUUAAAUGAUGACUUGAGGCAACUCAGUGAUAAGCUAGUGGAAGUCAACACCUCUAAGAUGGCCCUGCAGAUGAAGUUAGAUGAGCUUGAAACAACUGAAGUCAACAUUAAAUACAAGGAGAGGCGUAUGGAACAGGAGAAGGAGCUACUCCAUGGUCAAAUAUCCUGGCUGAAUAAGGAGUUGAAGGAGAAGAGUGAAGAACUGCUGUCCCUCUCCCGAGAGAAGGGAAAUGAGAUCCUGCAGUUGAAAUGCACCCUGGAGAAUAAAGAGAAUGAGUUGAACCGACUACAUGACCAAGUGGCCAGUUUGAAGGCUUCAAAUGAGAAUCAUCAGAGACAGAAUGAAGACCUGAUCAGCAAAGUAAAAGAAGUGAAGGAGCAACAAGCCACCAUGGAGGAAAAGUUCAGAACUGAGCUGAAUACCAACAUUAAGCUCUCCAAUUUAUACAAGGGAGCAGCCGCAGAUUCUGAAGCGAAAAGUGAAGAGCUGAGUCGAGCAGUGGAGGACCUACAUAAGCUGCUAAAAGAAGGUGGAGAAGCCAACAAGGCCCUUGAGGACAAGUUGCAGGAGAUGAAUGGUGCCAGAGAGAAGGAUGCUGCUGAACUAAAGGAGAGGAUCCAGGCUCUGGAGAAAGAGCUGGACAACGCCAAUGAGUUGCUGUCAAGUUCUAAGCUUAGAGGCCCUAUCAUUACAACAUCAGCGCUGACAGAGAAGCAAAUGACCACAAUGUCUCCAACAGCAGCUGCUGUAUCCAAGAUCAAACCUGACAUGAAGCUAACUGAGUUGUAUACAGCCUAUGUGGAGAGCCAGGAGCAGCUGCAGUUGGAACGACUGGAGAACAAGCGAGUCAACAAAUAUCUAGAUGAUAUAGUACAGGAAGUGGAAGCAAAAGCUCCUGUUCUCAAACGGCAAAGAGACGAGCAUGAGCGCAUGCAGAAAUCGGUGGCCAGUCUUUCUGCCAAGUUGGAGCAGGCUGUUAAGGAGGUGGACCGUCUGCAAACAGAGGCUGAUGAGGCCAACAAGCGCUCCUCUGUCUUGGAAAGGGACAGCCAGAGGUAUGAACGGCAGCUGACAGACAUGGCUCAGCAGGUACGUGUGCUGCUGAUUGAGCUGGAAGAGGCUCGUGGAAACCAUGUGAUUCUUGAGGAAGAGGGGAGCUCAGCUGAUGUCAGCAGCACAUCAGAGGUGAUCAGCCAACAUCUGGUGACGUUCCGCAGUGUGGAAGAGCUUCAGAAGCAGAACCAGUAUCUUAUAGCGGUCCUAAGAGAGCUCAGUGAUGCCCAAGAGAAGGAAGAGUUUGAGGCCACCAGCAACCAGCAUGGGGAGCUGGGGCAGAGUUUGGAGAAAGCCCAGGCUGAGCUUGAGUCCCUGAAGGAGCAGCGUAGCCAACAGAUAAAGAUGACUGAGUCCAUUGUGAGGCAGAGGGACAUGUACCGUGUGCUGCUGGCUCAGGCAACUGGAGUUAGCUUCCCUCAGCAAGGUACACCACCUGAGGAGUUGUCUCUCAUGUCCACCCCCCGACGCUCACCUGCAGUGACUCCCACCACAGGAACACCCACUGCACUCGUCUCCAUGGUGACGGAGUCUGCUGAAGCUGUAGAGGCUAAAGCAGCUUUGCGACAGUUGCAGGAGAUGUUCUCCAUCUAUAAGAGGGAGCGUGCGGAGAGUGACAAGGCACUAAUGGAGCAGAAUGAGAAGCUGCAGGAGCAGCUCUCUGACCUCCGCUCACAGAAUGCCAAAAUAACCACCCAGCUAGAAUUUGCCUCCAAGAGGUAUGAGAUGCUACAGGACAAUGUUGAGGGCUACAGGAAAGAGAUUGCCUCCCUGAGAGAGAAGGAACAGAAGAUGGCUGCUGCUGUGCAGAAGCAUGAGCAGACCAUCCACACUUUGAACGAGGAUCUGAAAGCUUCCAAAGAGAAACUCGCCAUGGCUGAGGGUCUUGCUGAGAACCUGCGUAAUGAGAGAGAUAUGCUGAAGCUGGUGGAGUCCAGGCUGAAUCAGGAGAAAGAAGCAAUGCAGAGCCAACAACAGAGUCAAAGCCUGCUGAUGACCAACCUUCAGGCUAUUCAGGCCACUCUUGAGCGCUCAGAGACUGAUACACGUCAGCGUCUCAACAGCCAACUGGAGAAGCAGGAAAGGGAGAUCUUUCAGCUGCAGAAGAGGCUGGAGAAUGAGGUGGAACAGCGCCACCUGCUUAGCAGAAACCAAGAAAUCCAGCUGAUGGAUGCAAAGAGGCAGCUCGAGACACAGGUGGCUUUGCACCAACAGACCAAGGAGCUACUGAAUGCUGCUGAGUUGGAGCUGAACACCCUCAGGCUUCAGCAAGGCAGCGAUACACAUCAUAGCUUGAGUUUGGCCUCCACACCCAUCAUCAGAGGCCUGCAGGCUUCAGAUCAAGACAGAGAGGAGCUACAGGGCCGCUUGCGGCUGGCUGAAAGCCGGGCUGAGGAGUUGACAGAAAGCCUCAGGGUAGCCACCUCCAGCAUGGAGCAGUACAGAGCCAUGGCUCAGAGCCUGGAGGAGUCCCUGGAUAAAGAGAAACAGGUAACAGAGCAGGCACGCUCAUCUAUUGAAGCCUGUAUGAAGGAUGCUGAGGAGCGUCACCGCAGACUGGAGGAGAAGCUUCUGCAAACAGAGCAAGAGAAACAAGACUUAGAGGAGCAAAAGAGGAUAGCCCUGGAAUCUCUGGAGGAGCAGAUUAACAAUCUAAGGAGAAAUUUAAGCAAUGCCCAGGCAGAUAACCAGGCAGCAUUGCAGCGAGUUGCUGCUGCAGAAGCCCAGCAGCAGCAGGCUCUACAAGAUAGCCAGGAGAAGGCUAAGCUGGCAGCAGAAGCGCAAGAUAAGUAUGAGCGAGAGAUGAUGUUGCACGCAGCGGACAUAAAGGUCCUGCAGGAAGCUAAGGCUCAGGCCCAGCAGGCCAUCGAACUCAGACACCAGCUGGAAGAGGGAGCCCAGAGGAUCACUGCUGAGCUGCUAGAGGCCAGGGUCUCCUGGGAGGAGCAGGAAAAGAUUCUCAAGGAGGAGGUGUCCAAGAUGGAGAGUCGCUGUGAGGAGUUACAGAGGCAGAACUCCCUCCUGCAUGAGCAGAUACAGACAUUGAGCAGCAAGAUGGCUGACAGUUUUCAGCGUGCUGCCAGUGAGAGUACAAUGAACAUCUCUCUAACUGAAGAGGGCAAAUCUCAAGAACAACUCCUUGAAAUUCUCAGUUUUGUGCGUCGGGAGAAGGAGCUUGCAGAAUCACGUUUUGAGAUUGCCCAAGGGGAAAGUUUGCGUUACCGUCUCAGGGUGGAGCACCUGGAACGAGAGCUGAAGGAGGUGCAGGAUGGCUUGAGUGCCACGAGGGAGAGGAUGCAGGUGACAGCGAAGACCCUGGCUCAGCACGAUGAUCUGAUGAAGAAGACGGAAACAAUGAGUAUCCUGAUGGAGACCAACAAGAUGCUGAGGGAGGAGAAGGACAAGAUGGAGCAAGAACUGCAGCAAACCCAAGCUAAGGUGCAAAAUCUGCAGUCAGACAUCAUGCCACUGCAGCAGGCGAACUCUGAGCUGAGUGAAAAAAGUGGCAUGCUGCAGGCAGAGAAGAGAAUCCUGGAAGAGGAGGUCAAGCGCUGGAAGGUUCGGGCGCAGAAUUUGGUGAGUCAGCAGAAAGAUUCUGAUCCAGAAGAGUACAAACGUCUACAUUCUGAGAAGGAGGCACAUCUAAAACGCAUCCAGCAGCUCACUGAGGAGAAUGCCAGGAUUAAAGCAGAGGUCGUAAGGACCAAUAACCUAACAACAUCCAUGCAAAGUCAGAUUCAGAGCUUGCGUGACAAUGUGAGUAAGAUGACUGAUGAGAGGAAAACGCUGAGGAGUGAACUGGAUGCCAAUAGCCAGGAACUCCAAGAGAAGGCGCGAACCAUCACCCAGGUUAAGAGGAUCGGACGGCGCUAUAAGACUCAGUAUGAAGAACUCAAAGUGGAACAUGACAAGAUGGUAGCUGAGGCUGCAGCAGGUCCAUCCCAGGAAGAGGAGACUCAUCAAGCUUCAGUUCAGGAACUCCAGAGUCUCAGAGAUUCUCUGAGCCAGGCUGAAACCAGGACCAGAGAGCUGGAAGGACAGCUGGAAAGCAUAAAUAAGGUGGUUACAGAGCGUGACACUGAGCUGCGUAAUGCUCAGGAGCAGUCAUCCAUGAUGCAGACAGAGCUGACCAGGCUGCAGCAGGAGCUGCAGGAUAAAGCUUCCCAGGAGGAAACGCGGAGGAAGCAGAUGUCCGACAAGGAUGAUAAGACCAGGAAAGCCCUUGUUUUGGCCAGACAGAAGAUUAGCCAUGUUUUAGCUACCAACGACCAGCUACAGAGGGAAAAUGUGGAGCUGAGGCAGCAGCGGGAGGAGCUGGAGGUGCGUGUGAGCGCUCUCAAGUCUCAGUAUGAGGGCCGCCUGAGCCGGCAGGAGAGAGAACUGAGAGAUCUGCGAGGUCAACAGGAGAGACAAGAGCAGAGAGAUGAGCCACCUGAGGCAGGACCUAGCAAGACCCAGGAACAGCAGAGGACCACAGAACAAAGACAGAUCAGUCUGAAGACAACUCCAGCUGCAGAUAGGGGCAGUGCCAGCACCUCUGAGCCUCCAACUGCCAACAUUAAGCCAACGCCUGUAGUCGCUACAGCUAGCAAGCCCACUCCAAGAGCAAGCAUCAGGCCCAUGAUCACACCAGCUCCUGUACCCACUCCAACACCCACUGCUACGGUCAUGCCCACCACACAGGUGGAGACCCAGGAAGCCAUGCAGUCUACUGAAGGCCUACCAGUGGAGCACGUGACUGUGUAUGGCAGUGCCAGUGGCUCUGUGCGUUCUGCCAGCCCCAAUGUCCAGACCACCUUAGCUAGCCCCAUGCUUACUGCUCAGCAGACCCAGACCCAGACACAGGCCACAGCAUUUGUUCAGCCAACACAGCAGCAGAGCAUGACCCAUACAGAGCCAGCCAAUCAGGAGCCACCAGCUCUGGUCAUUGAGGCAACACCUAGCUCACAGGUGGAAUGGCCUUCAACGUCCUCUGCCUCCGCUGUGUUUGGCACUGUUUCAGCAACACCAGGAACCUCCUCGAUAUCCAAGAGGCCUCGGGAGGAGGAUGAAAGCACCACCAUGGUCACUGACACCGAGACUGCCCAGGAGGACACCUCCAGGACUCCUAUACCCAAGAAACUCCGCAUCGUCCAGCGAGUGGGGCCAGAGGAGGAAGAGCUGGUUGACGACAGUGCUGAGGCUGAGGGUGUGGGGCCUAUAGACAGUCAUGACAGUGUAGAAGAAACCCAGACAGAGGACUUACCAACACUGGAGGAAGAAGAGACUGCAGCAACCCAGUCCAUAACGAUGGACCAGGAAGUGAACCUCACCCAAAGUGACACCUAUGACCAGCUGUCCCAGGAAGUGAUUGUCAUAAUAACAGACUCAGAGACUGAUGAGGACCAGGAAGAGGAGGUAGAGGAGGAAGAAGAGCAGGACUAUGAUGAAGAAGAAGAGGAAGAUGAAGAGGAGGAAGAGGAAGAUGAAAAUGAUGAGGAUGAAGAUGAAGGAGCGAUGGGGGAGGAAGGAGAGGACAGUAAUGAGGGGAGCGGGGAUGGCAAUGAGGCUUACGAAGGAGAAGACACAGAGGGAGCUGAUGCAACAGACCCGGGCACCGAGACAGAGGAGAGUUUGGGGGCGUCUGACUCCACCCAGCGGCCAGCAGAUUCCCAGACGCCCAGCUUCGAGGGCAGUACAAUGGAGGCCUUCUCUGCCGAACAACCUAUCACAAGCUCUGGUACACGUAUGCCCCAGUCGCCACGGAGACCGACACAUCAGUUGCCUCCCUACCUGAACAUCCACCCUGCUACAACAUCCGAGCUGGCACCACCUGCUCAGGUUCAGUGUAUCCCCGUUCGGCGCCAGUCAGUGGGCAGAGUUCCUCAGCUUGCUCCUGGGGUGCUGGGCAGUUCUCAGCAGCAGCAGCACGUCUUUGAAGAUGAUGACAGGAUGGUUCCCAGCACUCCCACUCUGGUGGUGCCGCACCGCUCCGAUGGUUUUGACCAGGCCAUCCAUUCUCCCCAGGUGGCUGGUGUGCCUCGCUUCCGGUUUGGUGCUUCAGAGGACAUGCCACAGACUGCCUCCACCUCCACCUCACUUUCUGACCUGGUCCAGCUUGCAUCACAAGGAGAGCAAUUCCUGUCUUCAGGUCUUGGGAUGUAUGAAAGCCCCCCGUUUUUAGCAACUCAUGAAGAGGAGUCUGGUGGACGCAGUGUUCCCACCACACCACUGCAAGUUACAGCACCAGUAAUGGUCUUCUCAGAGGUGGCUCAGUCGGACACAACAGAGCCCGCCACCCACUCUGUUCCUAUGGUGAGCACAUCAACACCAAGCCUGGUUGUGCCAGGAUCAGUCAGUUCUGGAGAGGAGAGAGAUGAUGUCUUCCUGGAGCCAGACACUGAGAGAUCAGUCGCUUUUUUGUGGCCACGUUUUACAGGCCCAGUGCUGAAAUGUCAGUGGAUCCAGUGGUGUCCCAGGGAGAUGUGGAUGAGCCAAGCCAGGCAUCUGACAAAGCCAGCUUCCCCUCCACCAGCCAGGAGCCUUCCUCCAGUUCUGCAGAUACAAGCAGUGCUCCACCUAAGUCCUCCAGACCUGGACCCAGCAGACAGCUGCAGCGCUGGCCAGAGAGCCGCGGUGGACGCAUGAAGAGAGGAGCAGGUCAAGCAUUUCCUUCUCGAGGUGUACACGGGAGACGAUUCGCCAGGUGAAGCACUGAGCAGGAAUCUUGAAAGCCGUGACUAGACAGUGUUUACAUUCUGUUGUCUUGUUCUCAAACCAAAUUUUUUGCUUUUUGUUUUAAUAACCUUGGAAACCACCUUGUGUAAUCAGUCUGUGCUGAAGCAUUGUGUUUUAUGAAGAAUGUAAUAAACUUUAAAACUCUAGGAAA